AUGAGUAGUGAAUAGAUUGUUAGAAAAUUGUAAAAUGAAAUAAAGGAAUGUCUAUAAGAGGUGUAUUAAAGUAUAGAUGUAAGAUAUUAAAUUGUUAUGCAUUCAUUAGUCUUCAUUCACCAGAAUUGAUGCUUUUCUAGAUUAACUUGCUUUAGUUCCAAAUCCACCUGUUCCUCACAAAAUUGUUAAUAAUACUCCAAAACUUUAAUAAAUACAAUAACCUUUGAUUUAAACAAUCACUAAUUAAAUAAUUGAAGAAGUUCAACCUAUUUUUAAUAGAAUCAUUAAUAAACAAAUUAAAUAGGAACAAUUAAACUUAGUUUAACUUGAAUAAUCAAAUAAACAAUAAGACAAUCAUCAUCAAUCCCAUAUUAAACCAUUUAAGUAUCACUUAAUCUAGAAUCAUUCAAUUAAAUAAAAUGAACGGUGUAGAGCAAUAGCCUUUAAUAAGGAUAAUUCCAUUGUAUUAGCUACUUGUCAUAAACAAAUUAAAGUAUUUGAAUUUANUAACUAUGCAAAUCCUACUGAUUCUUUUCAGCUAGACCGUCGACUUUCUAAUCACUAUAGUUAAUGA